AUGGAUGAUGGCAUGGGACCGUACGAAAAGGGCGGGUUGAUGUCGGAGGCGGUCGCGACCACCUCUGGCGUCCGAAGCAACGACCCCGCCAAGCGAUACGGCUCCUGCUACGAGGGCGGAAUGAAUGCCCGCUGCAAUACGUGCAAGAUGGUGAAGAUCGCGUGCAACUGCCAGAGCUGCCACUGCUGCCACCGCUUCCUCAUGUCGCCGUCGAGCAUUCAUCACUGCCGGCUCUGCUGGCGUGCCACGUGUGCCGAUUGCAGUAACUACAUGCGUACCAACGACUUCAUGGGCGGUCGGCUGACCCGUACCUGCCUCACAUGUGCCGUGCCCAAGGCGCUGAUCUUUAUGACGCAGCUGCGGUACAGCGUGUACGACUCGGCAGGCGUGUCCAGCAGGACAGCGAGGGGUGACAGGACAGCGAGGGGUGACAGGACGGCGAGGGGUGAAAGGACGGCGAGGGGUGAAAGGACGGUGAGGGGUGAAAGGACAGCGAGGGGCGCGUAUGACAGGAACGGCGAUACAGACGGAAGAAAAUUGGGGAACGCCAUCCCACUUAUGAUGGAGUCGAACUCUUUCCGCUGGGGCCUGUACGUGCUCGGGUGCGAGAUCGAGGCCCCGCGGCGCUGCAUCAACCCACUCUGCUCCAACCCACUCGUCUACGUCGAUAUAUGCGUCAAGUGCAAAUCCCCGACCGUCACCAUAUCGUUUCACCAGCAGCGCCACAUCUCGGUGAUGGACACGUCGAAAAAGGUCGCAAAACUCAUCGACAGCAGCGGCUUGCCAGGCGGGUCGACAGAAGCGUUGGAGGAUAUGGUGCGCGACAAGUACGAAGCCAUCGUGGAUGGUCGCUCUGCUGACGAGGUGGAUGAGAUCUUUGCUUGCGCGAUGCCGUUGAGUUUGGAGAAACGUCUGUUUUCGAGCAUGGCUGGCGACAUCUGGUCCUCUCGAAAGGUGCUACUCGCCCUGGUGGCGUGCGGCAUCGCCGGGGAGGCGCUGGCAGUGCCGGUCAUCUCGCUGGCCAUGACAGACUUUCCCGUGUACGCGAGAUUGAUACGACCGGUUCAAAUAACGGAUCUUUUCACUGUGUUUACUGGUCCAGGAAAUAUUCGCCUCAUCGCCUUCAGCUCCGGCGCGAGCCGACGGCCUGGCGUGCAUCAGGUGCUAAGCACGCGCAUGAUGUCCCGGGAGCUGUGGGCCAGCCAGGCGAUGAACAACGACGAGGUGCUUGGCAAGGUUGUGUCGAACAAGGAUGAGGCGCAGAAGGCAGGGCUGAACAAGAAUGUGGCAACGUGGGGCGUACGGGAGGGCCUCCUCAGCUACAUAAGCGAUGACAACAUAAUGUUCCGUGUGCAGAGCCUCGUGCUGCGGAUGGUGAAAAACGGUGAGGAUGUGGUACUGUGCGGCCACGGUAUCGGGGGCGCGGUCGCCUCCUGGCUGACAACGUGCAUGCUGCUGGAGAACACGCCACAGACGCGUGAUCGGCUGUUGUGCGUGACAUUCGGCGCGCCGCUCAUCGCCAAUCAAGCCCUGUCGGAUGUGCUCAUCAAGAACAGUCUCACCAAGAAUUACCAGCACUUUGUGCACGCCAGCGACAUGGUGCCGCGACUGGGCUUUGUGGACUCACUGCUGUACUCUGGCAACACGGCCAGCUGUGCCUCGAUUUUGGGGCAGGACGCCCCGCUGACCUCCACGCGGAAGGUGCGGGAUUGCAUCAUUCUCUGGACCGCUUCGCAUGAGGAGCCUCGUGGCUCCGCGCCCAUGAAGAAUGGGGAUGAUGCCGGAGAGAGCAACCUAGCUGCCUCCAUUGGACGCAACGCGCGCUAUCACUCUGUGGACAUGGCGAAUGGGCCUCAGACCACGCGCAAGAAAGACUCGAAGCGCUCGGUGUCACCAGUCGACCCGGUCAUCUGCGUUAACGAGACCGAACAUGGCGAUCUCUUCCUCCCAAGCCGCGAGCCAUUCGACAACGACGCCGCUCGCGUCGCAGGCGAUGGAGAACUGAAAGAAAAAUGCACUUCCGUGGAAGGCGAGCUCGUCAUGAGCGACAUCGACUUGAAGCGCUACUCGACAGCUGAACAUCGUGAAAAGCAAUCGAUGGACCCGUUUGGCUGCUACCACUUCCUUUGGCAUCCACGCAGCAAGUACAUAUGCACGGACGAUCCGGCGACCGCCAUCGGCUUGCUGUGUGACCGGACGAACAUGCGCAUUGUGCUGUCCGAUCACUUGCUGAGUUCGUACACCAAGGCCAUGAUGGAGUACGUCUACUCUGCACCCCCGCAGUAG